AUGCAAAAUGUAAUCCGGUAAAUUUCGCCCGAACCGGAUUUCGUUUUCGUUUUAUGCCGCAGCCGCCCGGGGGCUAGCGGAGCGUCAAAAGCUCGGCGGGUGGCACGGCCAGACGUCGUCGGUCGCGACUGCAGCUGACUACCGCGCGACAUUAGAAAUCUCGACGCGUUUUCCCGUUAACGUUUGUUUUUUGUUCGAAAAUCCAAAGCGUAAACGAAUAGGUAUCGCGGUACAACAACAAUGAUAUAAAAUACACGACAAUGCAACGCGAUACAAAAAUGCCGCGAAGAAAAUAUCCCCUCCCCCCCACCCUCGAGUCUUCCUUUCGGCGUACGCUGCGACCGCGAACAAUAAUAAUUAUUUAUACGCUUUCUAAAAUAAAACUAAAAGCGAAUAACCGCGCGAUUUCAGAAUUAAAAAAUACGUUUGAACGUAACAAACGCACCGGGUUUUUUUUUCCGUUUCCGUCGGACUUUUGUUUUCGUUAUAUUAUUGUCUGCGCGUGCUAAUUAUGAUAAACGUGUAUAAUUUUUAUUUUAACUAUGACGUAUAUAUUGUAUACUAACGGCGGAAUAACGAUUGUUUCAGAUUCCGGAUAGACAACACCGACCACAUCAUCGACGUGAACCGCGGCAACCAGCCAUUCGAGUAUGACCAAGUGAACAUCGUGUGCCCCGUGUACGCGCCAGGAACUCACGAAUCGGACGCGGAAAAAUACAUCAUUUACAACGUGAGUUACUUCUCUUCUUCUUCUACCCGUACCGGCGUGACUUUUUCGACACCACAACUAUAAUAUUAUUAUAAUAUAUACACUUUGUUAUCGUUCUCCACGGUUUCCGACCGGCGAACUCUCCGAAUCCGUGGUUUUCGUCCGUCGCCGUCUCACCGAUCCAUCGUCUAUUCGCGACGUUUCUAUUCCUACACCGUCGCCCGGGGAAUCAAACCGAUUUAAAAAGUAAACCCGAAAAAAUCGAAACCCGGGAUCCGAAUAUUUCUCGGACCCGGUAAGCAAAGCGUAUACAUUGUCAGAGAACCCUGUGGAAAUCCUGUUCUCCGAUCGGCUCUGUUCCCAACAAGACAAAGUGUUAUUAUAUUGUCGUGUUAUUUCAAUUGAUUCCCCGCCGUCGGCUGUUCCGGUCACGUCUCUUCUCGUCACGCGACGCGAUCGCACGCGUAUCCUUUGUCCGCGCGGCGUGCGGAUACGCGCGCGUUCAAAGAGGUGCGUCGAGACUUUUAACGGGAUUGUCGAUGCCGGUCUCCGGGAGCCUUUGUUUGGCGCGUCGGACGGUUAAAACCGUCGCUCAACGCGUGUUAUGUACGACUUAACGGGCCGCGGGAUCGCGUGACGUCCGAAGGAGGCGGUUCGCGGUCGGUUAAUUUUCGACCCGGGGGUGGGGGGGAGGGCAACAGAAGGACACGGUGGUUGGGGCUGUAGGGCACUUGACCGAUCUUGGCGCGCGAACGAGAGGGGUGGAGGGGAGGGGUGAGAAAUUUUCCCGGUCUGUAUAUUAUUAUAUUAUAAUAUAAUGGGAGCGCGCGUACGCAACGUGCGUCCGGUCGUAUUUUAUUAUUAUAUUAUUAUUAUUAUUAUUAUACGACCGCACUCGAACCGGGAAAGUUUUUCCUCGGCGGGUGACGUGUAUACACCUAUAUACCAUAAUACGGCGCGCACCGUCGCGGGUCGUUCGCAGCGCUACCCCAUUAUUAUUUAUUUCCACCGGCGGGUGGGGGGGGAGGGGAUGGCGGACGAGAGAGCGGGGAGGGCGAUGACGAUGGCCGCGGACAAUGGGACCAUUGUAUUGCGAGUGCCGUAGCGCCGCGGCCGCGAAGACGACCUUUAACUGAUUUCAGCGGUUCUUAUUAUGUAAUACAGUGCCGCGGGACACCGGGCGUGCGAGGGUACGGGGGUGAAGCGGGAGCGGCCGGGUCAGGUCGGUAGAUUAUUUGACAUUAACGGCGGUCACGCGCAUUUGCCGUCGCGCACAACUUUUUCGGCCUUUUCAUAACUAUCGCGCGGCUAAUUGACGGCGGCGACCGGAGGCGGUCGAUUUUAUGAUAAUAAUAUUAUUAUUAUUAUUAUUAUUACCGUGGUCGUUGUCUAUACGCCGGCUGUGAUAAUGGCCGCGGUUUACGAGUUUUUGUUCGCCGCGGUGAUGAGCACUGCGGCCGGCGCUUUUGGCCGCGGUCUCCUACGUUUCGUAUUGCGAACAAUAGCCCGGAAUUUCGGAAAUUUCGAAUCGUAUAUAAUAGUCGGUGAACGACUGUAUUAUUCGUUUGCCAGAGAGACGGGACGGACGGUCGGACGGAGAGACAUACACGCAGAGUGAGAAGAGAGGGAGAGACAGACGGACGGACGGACUGAGAGAGAUAACUGUCUAUUGUGAUCCGAGAAAACGGUUUUCCUCUCCGGACUUGCAAUGCUUAACCUAUAAUCGUUCCUGCAUAUCCGCGUAUCCGCGUUCCCCUUAAUCCGCGGCUCUGAGGGGUACGCGCGACGUUUCGCGACAACCGUAUUAUAUACGUAUUAUGAAAUAUAAUUAUCGUUAAAACCCGUCGCUGUCGUUGUUUCAGGUGUCCAAGGAGGAAUACGACAUGUGCCGGAUCACCAAUCCCAAUCCCAGGAUCAUUGCGUACUGCGACAAGCCGUAUAAACUCAUGUACGUCACCAUAACGUUCCGGUCGUUCACGCCUCAGCCUGGCGGACUCGAAUUUCAACCGGGACAAGACUACUAUUUCAUUUGUGAGUAUAUAUAUACAUGUAGAAAUAUUAUAUAACUCUUUAACUAUUAGCAUAAUUUAUUCGCGCGGCCAUCCCCAUUAAAACGGCUGGUUUUACGAUUUACAGCGGAUAGCAUUUUUAGAAAAAAAAAAUAAUAAAAAAAUUUUACAUUCUCGUAAGUUUUAUUUAUAGAAUACCGAGAGCGGAAUCUAAAAAAAAAAAAACUCUACUACAUUUUAUUUUAAUAAAAGGUCGAUUAACAUUCCAGAUUUGCGUGCCGUCGCCCGUUUCACGUUUAACAUAACCGGUGAUCUCGUUGAAACGGAUUUCAACGUAUUUUAUUUUGCAUUAUGUUCGCGAAAGCUUUACCCGUCGUCGUAAAAAUAGAUCAACGGCAAGGGACGACUUUUUUGAAUCCUACCGUGACCAUCAUCUCGUUUUUCCUCCCUAAAAAUGUCGAAAAUGCAUUAUCCCCUGGAUCGUCUGCGAUCAUAGUAUUAUCGGUUUUCUCCUCUGUCGACAAAUAACUAAAACCGCAACCCCCACCCCCGUUUCACCAUCACCAAAACGUCACCCGAACGAUCGAAAAUAAAAAACACCCGAUUACGUCCCCAGCCACUCAAAAACAUCUGCAUAAAAUAUCGUUUUACUAAUGACGAACGUUCGCGUUUUACAGCCACGUCGUCCAAGGACGAUAUCCAUCGCAGAAUCGGCGGCCGCUGCUCCACAAACAACAUGAAAGUCGUAUUCAAGGUGUGCUGUAGACCAGAAGACCAACAGAACAACAACCAAAGUGAGUAGUUACAAAACAUAAUAUACUAUAGCUUUCGAUAUUUAACAUGGAUAUUUUACCGGUAUAAUAUAUUAUUAUCGGCGCGUACCAGUGGUGGCUUCAAGAAGUCUUGUUCCCGAAUAAAAGUUUGAAAUUCGCGGUGAUUUCUAAAGACGAAAUUUCGGGUAACGGUCACAGACAUUUUAAAGUAUGAACUUUCGAAGAUGCUCGCCAACCUAAAAAUGUAAUAUACCUAAAGCCACCUCUCGUCCGCAUCGAGGUGUCUAAUGUGUCGCCAUACAUCGGUUACAGUAAAAUAUACCGGUGGUCUCCGAGGCUCUUCCCCGUUUGCAAAACGAUUAUAAUAAACUAUCGAUUUCGAACAAAUGACUAUAAUAUAUCGUAAUAAAACAAUCGGAUCCGUAUUUUUUUUUUCGAAUAAUAACUCGAUAACCCAAUUUCCGAUGUACUUAUAAAAACGUUCGACCGUUUCGCCGUCGUGUUGUCGUCGUUACGUAUUAUAACUGAUCGAUGUUCCUCGGUCCGCGGACGAUACUUAACAAAAUACGUCGAAAUUAUCGUAACGAAUUUCCGAAAACUGUUAUGGACGCAAUCCGUACGCCGAGUCGGGUACAUAUAUUAAAAACGCGGACGGCACAUCACCUACUAAGGCCACUUUAUUUUCUCAGUCCCGAACAAGUGAGGCCGACUGUUUUUCUCAUUUCUUUAUGAUUACUGUACGAUGCCGUACGAAUUACCACCGCAGAUUAUGUGUAUAAUAAACUAUAGAUUUCUAGCUAGUCGGUGAUAAAACGUAAAGUUUCAAUCCGCCGUUUAAUAUUGUUCGGUUCUAGUGAGCCUUAACCGUUCAUUUUUUUUUAUUGCGUCCACUGUUGUUGUAUUUGUGCAACAAUAUACACUGUCAUUCGCGGUGUUGGCCGCCGUAGUACCACAACGGUGUAAAAAGACAAAAAUUCAAAAAUGAUGACUGUUAAUAUGUGUGUACGGUGAGAUCGCGUGACUUCGCCUGAAAAAAGCAUUAGCGCAACAACGGUACGAUGUGACGGUGUUAGCGAUCUAGUUUAUUAUACAUAUGCGUCAUGUCUGCGGUCACUAUACGGUAUUUCGCUGAUAAGCAGUAUUAUUAAAUGGUGUCCCGGUGUCCCGUCCGCGUUGUUUAUGUUGUCAAUACGAGCGUCUCGAUAACCCGACGUACCGCAUAUACCGAUAACCUAGAUGACGUACGUGCAGUCCAAAAUGUAAAACGUCGUGUGUUUUCCUUUCGCAGACCUGGCCACCCGACCGCCGCAAAACCCGGGAAUAUUCGGCAACAACCCGCAACGAUUGCCACCGGUUAGCACGCACGGAUAUCCGGCCCGACCGCCGUCCGUGUACACCUUGUCCACACAAUCGCCACUGCCAGGCGGCAAACAGCCUCCGUUCGGCGCCACCGGACCGUCCCUGUACAACAACAAGCCGACUCAAAAGAAAUCAUGUAAGUAUCAUACACACCUACACACGUACACACACACACACACACACGCACUCACACUCGCACAUACCCCCCGCACACACCCGGUAGUACCUCCCCUGAACCCCUCCGAUCGCGAGUGCGUCCGGGACCGUAUAUAUUUAAAAUCGUUUCGUUUACGCGUCGCGUCCGAACGUCCGUUUCGCUACAACUGCGCCAUAACGAUCUCGACAGUAUUAUUAUAAAGGUUGUUUUCAUAUUGGCGUGUGAUACAAGAUCGAUUGUAAUCAAUUGCUCGUCGCAACCGAAAGUUGAAUAUGCUUGAACUGUUGUAUAUUUAAAAAAAAUAAUAAUAAUGAUGGUAUACCGGCAAUACAAACAUUUCAGAAAUUAUCGCGCUCGGGGCUUUUAUUAUUUUCGAACAACCGUGCACCGUGUGAAAACGGAAUAUGAAUCUCGUCGCUGACCGAAAUAUCAUACUCAAAGGCGGGGGGGGGGGGUUGGAAGAGGAAGGAGGUCUCUCGAAAGUAAACCGAUACGACGAGUCGCGAACAGAUUUGCAAUAAUUGUUCUGUUAAAUGGUGAUUUCAGUCUUUGUUUACGUGUAACACGGUCGUCUUUGGUGUUAUGGUGGCGACCGUAAUAAUAUAAUCUCAAAUCACGGACAAAACGUUAUUUACGACCGUCCGACAAAUACCUAUUUAAUGAUAAUAUUGUUUUGUCGAGACCCGCCCGCACGGCGGCGUCUCGCCAGAUUUUUAAGGUCAAAUUUUAACCGUCUCGUUUGUUUUUGUUUUUUUUUUUUUCUGUUUUUCCACCUCCGCCCGCAGCCGAAUACGACAAGCAUCCGAACGAAGUGGUCAAGAACGAAGAGCUCACCUACAACGGUGCCAGCGCCGUCGGCAUGAACGGCCACGGCCGCGGUUCAACGUUCGUCAUCCUAGUCCUCUUGGCCGUAGCCGUCCACCAAGUGGCGGCGUGGCGGCGAUAGAUCGUUUGCAGCAGCUGAGUAGCCAUCAUUUUUUCAUCGGACCCGAUACGAAAAACAUAAAUAUUAUUAUUAUUGCAAUCAUAAUAAUGGUAAUAUUUUCAUUAUCACGGUAUAUUAUUUUGACACAAAGCUGUGUACAUACCUAAAAAAAAAAAAAAAAAAAAAAAAAAAAAAAUAAAAAAAAUAAUAAUAACAAUAAUAAUAAUAACAGUAAUAACUUCACGGUGUUUUUUAUUUCGCUAUAUUACAUGAUAUUUCUGUCUACCUAUUUAAAUAAAACACACACUGUCAUUUUACGCGUGUACGUAUUGUUAUAUAUAUAUACAUUCGUAUGACAUAAUAAUAAUAUUAUAAUUAUUAUUAUUGUAUUACAGACAACAACAACAACCACCAACGUUGUCGAUGGUAAGAUAAUAUAAUAAUCCUCAACCUCCCCCCUCCCCUCGAGUAAUUAUUAUCAUUAUUAUUUACUAUCAUUAUUAUUAUUAUUAUUAUUAUUAUUAUUAUUAUUAUUAUUCUUAUUAUUAUUAUUCUUAACAUUAUUAUUAUUAUUCUCUUAUUAUUAUUAUUAUUAUUAUUAUUAUUACUGUG